AAAUAAAAGAGAAAAUACGGAAGUUGAAAGAAAAUUCAUUGUUUUGUAUCACAUUAUGUUUGAUGUGUCAAUACUUAAACUAAACAAUUUUGUAAUUUGUCAAUUAAAAAACAUUAAGCAAUCACGCAUAUAUACACAGUCACCGUCAUUACAUAUACUAUUAUAAAUAUGUAUACGAUUCUUAUUAUAUAUGCUUAUUUUAUGUGAUGAACUUUAGUUAACGAACGGACUUUGAAGAAGUAAGAAUUGUCAAAUCAUGUUACCUUUUAAAAAAUUAUAUUUGAUCGCUUAUAAUGCGAUAGAGGUUAUCGGUUGGUCUUACGUAUUCUAUAUAUUGAUAUCCCAUUAUGGGGAUAAUGCGUCAACGUUAAGUCUUUGGGAUAAAAUUUGGCUUCCUUUAACCUUUAUUCAAUAUUCUGCUUAUUUGGAGGUAAUACAUUGUAUAAUAGGUUUUGUUCCAUCAAAUGCAUUUAUAACAUUGGCACAAGUUUCAAGUCGUGCAUUUCUUAUCUUGGUAUUAUUCUCAUUACCAUGGGAAUUCGUUGAAUCAUCACUUUGUUUACCAUACACUGUUCUAUCAUGGAGUAUUACAGAAAUUCUCAGAUAUUUAUAUUAUCUAUUGAACAUUAUAUCAUGCGUACCAAAGUUUCUAACAUGGCUGAGAUAUUCUACAUUUAUGGUACUUUAUCCCACUGGUAUUAGCGGAGAACUUUGGUGUAUUUAUUAUGCAAUUGUUUAUUCCAUGUCUCAUCCUGAAUUAUGGAGUUAUGCAUUACCUAAUCCAUGGAACUUUACAUUUAGUUAUUUGUACUUGUUGAUAAUUAUUGUUUUAACGUAUAUUCCAGGUUCGUUUAUAUUAUACUCGCACAUGUUGUCACAGAGAAAGAAAAUAUUGGGUACAAAGGUUGCAGUAAAAAAAGUCAAAUAA